AAACUCACACAAACAAGCUUCACGCUCCAUAAUCCAAAAUCGAACUAUGGGGAUACUCACACUACCAUUGGUAACCUCUCUUCUGAAACCCCAUAAACUCCGAUUGAAUCUUCUAUUCACCACCACUAUCCACCACCACCACCACCGCCCUUUACGAACCCCUUUUAGCCGCACCACCGUCCCUUUAUGUUCUUUCACCAGUUCUGCAACUGAUCAGUCUCCGUUAACGGCAGAUGCAACGAAUUCAAAUGCAGAGGAACGGCCGGUUAAAGUUUCUAUUCCCACUUUUCAACAGGCCAUUCAACGUCUUCAGGAGUAUUGGGCAUCUGUUGGAUGUACUAUAAUGCAAUGCAGCAACACGGAGGUUGGAGCUGGGACUAUGAACCCCUUAACAUUUUUAAGGGUUCUUGGUCCAGAACCAUGGAAUGUUGCGUAUGCAGAGCCAAGUAUCCGUCCUGAUGAUAGUCGUUACGGUGAAAACCCUAAUAGGCUUCAACGUCAUACUCAAUUCCAGGUUAUAUUAAAGCCUGAUCCUGGAAAUUCACAAGACCUCUUCAUCAGGAGUCUAUCAGCCCUAGGUAUAGAUGUCAAUGCACAUGAUAUUCGUUUUGUGGAAGACAAUUGGGAAAGCCCGGUACUCGGUGCAUGGGGAUUGGGUUGGGAGAUUUGGAUGGACGGGAUGGAAAUUACACAAUUUACCUACUUCCAACAGGCCGGAAGUCUUCAGUUGAUGCCGGUAUCCGUGGAGAUCACAUAUGGUCUUGAACGCAUCCUAAUGUUACUUCAGGGAGUUGACCAUUUCAAGAAAAUCAAAUAUGCUGAUGGAAUCACUUAUGGAGAACUUUUUUCUGAAAACGAGAAAGAAAUGAGUGCAUAUUAUCUAGAGCAUGCAAGUGUGGAUCAUAUUCAGAAACACUUUGACUUUUUUGAGGCGGAAGCGCGUGCUUUGCUUGAUUUAGGCCUUGCAAUACCUGCGUAUGAUCAGCUUCUCAAGACUUCUCAUGCUUUUAAUAUCUUAGACUCUAGAGGCUUUGUUGGGGUUACAGAACGUGCACGUUAUUUUGGGCGGAUGCGCAGUUUAGCUCGACAAUGUGCGGUGCUUUGGUCGAAUACAAGAGAGUCACUUGGACAUCCAUUAGGCAUUAUUUCUCAAGCUAACAACCUUGUUGUUCCAAAGGAGCUUCUAGAAUCAGAAGCCACAAAGGUGUCUGCUGAACCGAGACUGUUUGUUCUUGAAAUCGGGACAGAAGAAUUACCACCGAAUGACGUUGCUAGUGCGGGCCAGCAAUUGAAAGAUCUAAUUGUGCAAUUACUUGGAAAACAAAGACUGACGCAUGGUGAAGUUCGUGUAUUUGGCACACCGAGGAGAUUAGUAAUUAGUGUUGAGAAUCUAUGCUCUAAGCAAUCCGCUAACGAAGUUGAGGUUCGAGGACCUCCAGCUUCAAAAGCUUUUGAUAAUCUAGGAAAUCCAACUAAGGCAGCUGAAGGUUUUUGUCGUAGAAAUUCUGUACCAGUGGACUCAUUGUAUAGGAGAACAGAAGGUAAGACAGAGUAUGUCUAUGUCUGUGUGAUGGAGUCGGCACAGCUUGCUGUGGAGGUUUUAUCAAAGGAGUUGCCUGGUGCAAUUGCUAAAGUGUCGUUUCCAAAGUCCAUGCGUUGGAAUUCUGAGGUCAUCUUUAGCAGACCUCUUCGUUGGAUUUUGGCACUCCAUGGGGACGCAGUUGUUCCUUUUGCAUUUGCUGGCGUAUUAAGUGGUAACGUUUCUCACGGUCUACGGAAUACAGCGUCGGCUACAACCUUGGUCGAUAGCGCAGAGUCUUACGCUAAUGUAAUGCAACAAGCCGGAAUUUCUGUCGACACUGAGCAACGGAAGAAAAUAAUUGUAGAACGAGCCAAUUAUUUAGCAAAAGGUGUUGACGGAUGUCUUGUGAUGCAAAGCAACUUACUUGAUGAGGUUGUAAACCUUGUCGAAGCACCUGUUCCCGUGCUCGGGAAAUUCUCAGAGUCGUUCCUAGUGCUCCCGAAAGAUCUGUUAGUAAUGGUUAUGCAGAAGCAUCAGAAGUACUUUGCGUUGACGGACACGAACGGAAGUCUGUUGCCGUAUUUCAUUGCUGUUGCAAAUGGAGCGAUUAAUGAAUCAGUUGUUAGGAAAGGAAAUGAAGCUGUACUCAGAGCUCGGUAUGAAGAUGCUAAGUUCUUUUAUGAAUUGGACACUAGUAAAAGGUUUUCGGAGUUCCGGGGUCAACUGAAUGGAAUUCUUUUUCAUGAGAAACUUGGAACGAUGGAGGACAAAAUGAUACGGGUCGAGAGUACUGUUAGUGAACUCGGGUCGGCCCUAGGGCUAAGUGAAGAUAAGCUUCAGAUUGUUCGUGAAGCUGCAUCACUCGCUAUGUCUGACCUCUCAACUGCUGUUGUUACGGAAUUUACGUCUUUAUCAGGAAUAAUGGCACGCCACUAUGCUCUUCGUGAAGGAUACUCGCAACAGGUUUCCGAUGCGUUGUUUGAGAUUACACUGCCUCGAUUUUCCGGUGAUAUACUCCCAGAAACUGAUGCGGGAAUUGUAUUGUCGAUUGCAGACAGGCUAGAUAGUCUAGUUGGCUUGUUUGGAGCCGGUUGUCAACCAAGCUCGACUAAUGACCCAUUUGGUCUUCGAAGGAUCUCGUAUGGUCUUGUCCAAGUCUUGGUGGAAAAAGAUAGAAACUUGGAUUUAAAACGUGCUUUGGAAGUCGCCGCUUCCGUUCAAUCCUUAAAAAUAGAUCUUGUAACACUUGAUGAGGUGCAUCAGUUUGUUACAAGAAGACUCGAGCAGUUUCUGGUUGACAAAGGAAUAAACCCAGAAGUGGUUCGUGCUGUUUUAUCGGAGCGUGCAAGUUGGCCUGGUUUGGCAGCAAAAUCUGCACAUAAAAUGGAUGCAUUGUCACGAGGUGAGGUUUUGCCAAAGGUGGUUGAAGCAUAUUCUCGACCAACAAGAAUUGUUCGUGGAAAGGAUGUUGAUGUUGAUACAGAGGUGGAUGAAGCUUUGUUCGAGACAAACGAAGAGAAAAUGUUGUGGAACACGUUCUUGUCUAUUAGAAGCAAAAUACACCCUGGUAUUGAGGUGGAUGAUUUUGUGGAAACAUCAUCGCAACUAAUUCAGCCACUUGAAGAUUUCUUCGCUCAUGUCUUCGUUAUGGUGGAAGAUGAAAAGGUCAGAAAAAAUAGACUUGCACUGCUUAGAGAAAUAUCUGAACUCCCUAGAGGUAUAAUUGACCUCUCAGUUUUGCCUGGAUUUUGACCAUUUUCAACGCGUGUCAUAGGGCCCCCGCUUUUUAACUUAUUGUUUGUAAGGUGAUAAAACGUUUUUUCCAUGUACGGUCUAUAUACAUUUUAGAUCAGUAAAGAGUUUUACAGAUGGAUUGAUUGCCUAGAUAGAAUGCACGACAAAAUUGAUGAUAUAAGUUAUUGAAAAUUGUUCGAUUCGUUAUGAAAUAAAUACGUUGUUAGGAC